AUGGCGUUAGCGUUCGAUGAGUUCGGUAGGCCAUUCAUUAUCAUAAAGGAACAAGAACAGAAGACCAGAUUGAGAGGUGUCGAUGCUCAGAAAUCCAACAUUUCCACCGGAAAAGCAGUGGCUCGCAUCUUAUGCACCUCCCUCGGUCCCAAAGGGAUGGACAAGAUGCUCCAAAGCCCCGACGGCGAUGUCACCAGCAGACUACGAAUUGGUGAUGGAACAACCGGAGUUGUUGUCAUGGCUGGUGCUCUUUUAGAACAGGCUGAGAAGCUGUUAGAACGUGGUAUUCAUCCUAUUCGAAUCGCAGAGGGCUAUGAAAUGGCUUCAAGGAUAGCUGUUGAUCAUUUGGAGUGUAUAGUGCAGAAAUUUGAAUUUGGUGUAACAAACAUUGAGCCUUUGAUUCAAAUGUGCAUGACUACUUUAUCCUCCAAGAUUGUGAAUCGAUGCAAGCGCAGUUUAGCUGAGAUUGCUGUCAAACCAGUUUUGGCAGUCGCAGAUCUAGAGAGGAAGGAUGUUAACUUAGAUCUAUUUAAAGUGGAGGGGAAAGUAGGGGGAAACAAUCAAAAUGUGAAGUUUGUGUUGGAGGAUGUUGGUGCUAAUUUGGUUAUCUGCCAAUGGGGUUUUUAUGAUGAAGCAAAUCACUUACUAAUGCAUAGGAACUUACCUGCUGUCAGAUGGGUUGGUGGUGUAGAGUUGGAGCUGAUAGCAAUAGCCACAGGUGGGAGAAUUGUGCCCAGAUUUCAAGAGUUGACGCCAGAAAAGCUAGGAAAGGCUGGUUUGGUUCGAGAGAAAUCAUUUGGUACUACAAAAGAUCGGAUGAUUUAUAUUGAACACUGUGCAAAUUCAAGGGCUGUGACCAUCAUGGUGGUAGGUAACAAGAUGAUGGUAGAGGAGACAAAACGCAGCAUCCACGAUGCAUUGUGUGUGGCUAGGAAUCUCAUUCGCAACAAUUAUAUAGUGUAUGAUGGUGGCUCAGCUGAGAUUUCUUGCUCAAUUGCUGUGGAGGCAGCUGCCGAUAAAUUUCCGGGUGUUGAGCAGUAUGCAAUCAGGGCAUUUGCAGAUGCUUUGGAUGCUAUCCCUAUGGCACUAGCUGAGAAUAGUGGUCUCCAACCCAUCGAAACCCUGUCUGCAGUGAAAUCUCAUCAAAUUAAGGAGAAUAAUCCCUGCCGUGGGAUAGACUGCAAUAAUACUGGCACAAAUGACACGCAUGAGCAAAAUGUUUUUGAAGCACUAAUUGGGAAGCAGCAGCAGGUUUUGCUUGCAACCCAAGUUGUUAAAAUGAUCUUAAAAAUUGAUGAUGUCAUCUCCCCUUCCGAGUAUUGAUCUGUCAGGUAAUUUAGCCGAAGUUUUGCUUCACCUAGAACAGUGUCCACAUUUUUUCAGAUCAAAUGGUGACUUGAGUCAUUCCAUUGGUCCUUCGGUUGAAAACUUCUUUCUACAUUUAGAUUGGCCUUGCUUCGUUUUAUGUUGUGAUUAUUGAUGGAUUACUUGGUCAUUGUGACCUCUUUUUGUUCAUUCUGAUGAAAAUUCGGAACAUUCGGAAACGAGGUCUGGUGCAUGGUUCCUCAUCGG